AUGUGCAAGAUUUCCACAUGCAACUGCCGGAAUAUUAAUCAUUGUAUUUGUGCUGCACUGGGGUCAUAUGUCCAUGCCUGUGCUGCAAGAGGUCUCAUACUGAACGAUUGGACUGGAGGAAUUUGUAAUAAAACCUGUGAGAACAAUCAAGUUUUUGGCACUAACGUGACAGCCUGUAACCGUAACUGCAGAUUUCUAUCAAAAGAUGAUUUCACCUGUAAUGUGAAGGAUACUCCAGUUUAUGGCUGUGGCUGUCCUGAGGGCAAGUACAUGAAUGAAAAUGGAUUCUGUGUAAAUAGUGAAGACUGUUCAUGUUUUUACAAGGGCGUAUAUAUUCAACCUGGAGAGAGAAUUAAUAAUUGUUACUGUGAAAGUGGUUCAAUCACCUGCAAUGAAAUUACAACCACAGUUGCUCCCAAAGUGUGUAAAAGGGGAAAGGAACUUCUUCGUUGUCCUACUGAUGGAGGUCCAGCUCGUUGUGGAAAGAAAUGCAGAAACUUGGAAUCAGCAUGUGUAAGUGAUGUCCAACAUUACAAGCUUGUUAAAAUUGAAAAGAAAAACUGGCAUACAAAACAAAAUAUUGAGCAAUAACAUAAUAAUCUAU